AAUGCUUAGGUUACAACGGCACGUCACAAGAUUGGGAUUCAACAGAUAUAACCAAUCGAGGAGACCCUUAUCAAAUGUAGCGGACUACAAGAAAGUCAACAAACUAUUGGUAGCUAAUAGAGGGGAAAUAGCUAUUAGAGUUUUCAGAGCAUGCACGGAAAUGGAUAUAAGAACUGUGGCCAUAUAUUCAGAACAAGAUAUGCAACAUAUGCAUAGGCUAAAGGCUGAUGAAUCGUAUCUUAUCGGAAAAGGGCUACCGCCCGUUCAGGCCUAUUUAAAUAUACCAGAAAUUAUACAAACUGCCCUAGAGAAUGAUGUUGAUGCUAUACAUCCAGGUUAUGGCUUUCUAUCGGAAAGGCAUGAUUUCGCCCAAGCUUGUCUUGAUGCUGGUAUUACAUUUAUUGGUCCAAAACCAGACUCUAUGAGAAGAAUGGGUGAUAAAGUUGUAGCCAGAGAAACAGCUAUUCAAGCUGGUGUACAGGUUGUUCCUGGCACACCUGGCCCGGUUAGAAGUGCGGAGGAGGCAUAUGAAUUUUGUAAGGAAGUUGGCAUGCCAGUUAUUUUUAAGGCAGCUUAUGGAGGAGGUGGUAGAGGAAUGAGAAAAGUAUCCACAUUGGAUGAGGUAAAAGAAGCUUUCGAAAGAGCUUCUUCAGAAGCUUUAUCAGCCUUUGGUAAUGGAGACUUAUUCUUGGAAAAAUUCAUUGAAAGACCAAGGCAUAUUGAAGUACAGGUUUUGGGAGAUAAGUACGGAGAUGUUGUCCAUCUCUACGAAAGAGAUUGUUCAGUUCAGAGAAGACAUCAAAAGGUGGUAGAGAUUGCCCCAGCACCAGAAUUAGAUCCUAUUCUUAGGGAAAAGAUGCUGAGCGACGCCGUUAAACUUUGUAAACAUGUUGGCUAUGAAAAUGCUGGUACUGUAGAAUUCUUGUUGGACGAACGUGGAAACUAUUAUUUCAUUGAAGUUAAUGCUAGAUUACAAGUAGAACAUACGGUUACUGAGGAAGUUACAGGAAGAGAUCUUGUAUACUCUCAAAUAAGAUUGGCGGAAGGAAGAUCCUUAAAAGAUUUAAAUUUGACUCCUGAACAAAUCCAAGUUAAUGGCUGUGCCAUACAAUGUCGUAUGACAACAGAAGAUCCGGCAAGAAGUUUUCAACCAGAUACAGGACGAAUUGAAGUAUUUAGAAGUGGCGAAGGUAUGGGUAUAAGAUUGGAUAGUGCAAGUGCUUUUGCUGGAGCAAUUAUAUCACCCUAUUAUGAUUCUUUAUUGGUUAAAGUUAUCGCACACGCAAGAGAUCACGAGCAUGCUUGUGCUAAAAUGGAAAGAGUUUUAAGAGAAUUCCGUAUUAGAGGAGUGAAAACAAACGUACCCUUCCUUUUAAACGUCUUAAGACACAAGAAAUUCUUAUCUGGUGUUGUAGACACUUACUUUAUCGAUGAAAAUCCCCAACUCUUCCAGUUUACACCAUCACAAAACAGAGCUCAAAAACUUCUGAAGUAUAUGGGUGAAGUAAUGGUGAAUGGUCCCAUGACACCUCUAGCAACUGAUAUACCUCCAUCUAAAAUUCAACCUACUUUACCUCAUCUACCUUUCAAUAGCAACAGACCUAGGGGAUGGAAAGACGUUUUGAAUGAAAAAGGGCCAGAGGGCUUUGCUAAAGAAAUCCGUAAAAAUAAGGGUCUCUUAUUAACUGAUACUACAUUCAGAGAUGCCCAUCAAUCACUUCUAGCCACAAGAGUCAGAACUUAUGAUUUAAAGAAAAUUGCUCCUUUCGUCUCACAUAAUAUGGCUGGCCUAUUCAGUUUGGAAAACUGGGGUGGAGCAACAUUCGAUGUAGCUUACAGAUUUUUACACGAGGAUCCAUGGGAACGUUUGGAAACUUUAAGGAAAUUAAUACCCAACAUUCCAUUUCAAAUGUUGUUUAGGGGAGCCAAUGCUGUUGGUUAUACCAACUAUCCCGAUAAUGUCCUUACUAAAUUCUGUGAAUUAGCUGUUAAAAGUGGAAUGGAUAUUUUUAGGGUUUUCGACUCUUUGAACUACUUGCCAAAUUUAGUUGUUGGUAUGGAUGUCGUUGGAAAGGCUGGAGGUGUUGUAGAAGCGGCCAUAUCAUACACAGGAGAUGUCUCCAAUCCUGAAAAGAAAAAAUAUGAUUUAAAAUACUACACUGACUUAGUUGAUGAACUCGUUAAAGCCGGACUUCAUAUCCUUUGCAUCAAAGAUAUGGCAGGAUUACUGAGACCACAAGCUGCUAGUAUGCUAAUCGACGCUAUCAGACAAAAACAUCCAGAUAUUCCAAUACACGUUCACACUCAUGACACUUCUGGAGCUGGAGUUGCUGCCAUGCUCUCAGCCGCAAAGGCCGGAGCUGAUAUCGUUGAUUCGGCAGUCGACUCAAUGUCUGGUAUGACAUCUCAACCUUCAAUGGGCGCUCUAGUUGCCUCUAUUGAGAGAACUCCUCUAGAAACCUCUGUAGACCCCAAAGAUAUAAACCAAUAUUCCACCUACUGGGAGCAAACUAGACAAUUAUACGGACCCUUUGAAUGUACUGUUUCGAUGAAGAGCGGAAAUUCUGAUAUAUAUGAAAAUGAAAUUCCUGGUGGUCAAUAUACCAACUUGCAGUUCCAAGCUUACACUUUAGGCUUACUAGAUCAAUUUGAAGAAGUUAAGAAAAUGUACAAAGAAGCUAAUUUACUAAUGGGAGAUAUUGUUAAAGUAACGCCAUCAAGUAAAAUCGUUGGAGAUUUGGCCCAAUUUAUGGUCCAAAACAAAUUAUCUCCCAAGGAUGUUUUGGACAAGGCUGAUGAAUUGAGCUUCCCACAAAGUGUUAUUGAAUAUAUGAGUGGAAUGAUUGGUAUUCCACCAGGUGGAUUCCCAGAACCUCUAAGAAGCAAGAUCUUAAAGGGAAAACCAAAAUCUGAUGGUAGAACAGGAGAUAAACUCGAACCAGUUGAUUUCGAAAAAUUACAGAAAGAGCUGGAAGAAAAGCACGACAGACCUAUGUCAGAGAAAGAUGUUGUCAGCUCCGCUCUCUAUCCUAAAGUAUUCGAUGAUUACGUUGAAUUUAAUUCUAAGUACGGACCUGUUGAUAAGCUUGAUACCAGAAUGUUCCUCACAGGACCCGAUAUAGCUCAAGAACUUGAUAUCGAAAUCGAAAAAGGUAAAACUCUACACUUGAAGACAUUGGCUACCAGUGAUUUAAGGGAUAACGGACAAAGAGAGGUCUUUUUCGAGUUAAACGGUCAGUUGAGAACAGUAUACGUAAAGGAUAAGGAAGCCAUGAAGGAGAUUCAUGAACAUCCAAAAGCUUCAAAGGGUCAGAAAGGUUCUAUUGGAGCUCCUAUGCCUGGCGAAGUAAUAGAUAUUAGAGUGGAUGUGGGAGACACCGUUGAAAAGGGUCAACCCUUAGUAGUUCUCUCUGCCAUGAAAAUGGAAAUGGUCGUGAACGCUCCAAUUGGAGGAAAAGUGAAAUCAGUUGCAGCUCAAAAGGGUCUGAAACUUUUGGGUGAGGAUCUGUUGGUUGAAAUUGAAGAAUAA